AUGGUGCAGGUCAGGAGAAGUCAGGGCAAAAAGGAAGACAGGGCACAGAAGAAUCCGGACAAGAUCAAGGGGAAGCAGGACCUUUACAUCCUGUCCCAGGCUGGAACACAGAGAUAUGGAGAAGGAAAAAGACUGACUCAGAAGUUGGGUGCCACAUUUGACAAGUGGCCCAUCCCCUGUGGCACCACGCUGAGCCAGGCCAAGGGGGACGAUGGCGAGGCCUCGCUGGCCCAGCUGGAAGAAGCCCUCACCUCAGGGCAAGAGGCUCACGAAAAGGAGCGCAGCGGGGAAUCAAAGGGGCCAGAGGACAGCGGUGCGGGCGGCGCGGGCUGCGGAGGUGCGGAGGACCCUGCCAAGAAGAAGAAGCAGCGGCGGCAACGCACACACUUCACAAGCCAGCAGCUGCAAGAGCUGGAGGCCACGUUCCAGAGGAAUCGAUACCCCGACAUGAGCAUGCGAGAGGAGAUCGCAGUGUGGACCAACCUCACUGAGCCCCGCGUGAGGGUCUGGUUCAAGAACCGGCGAGCCAAGUGGCGGAAGCGCGAGCGUAACCAGCAGCUGGACCUGUGCAAGGGCGGCUACGUGCCGCAGUUCAGCGGCCUGGUGCAGCCCUACGAGGACGUGUACGCCGCUGGCUACAACUACAACUGGGCUACCAAGAGCCUGGCGCCAGCGCCGCUCUCCACCAAGAGCUUCACCUUCUUCAACUCCAUGAGCCCGCUGUCGUCGCAGUCCAUGUUCUCGGCACCCAGCUCCAUCUCCUCCAUGACCAUGCCGUCGAGCAUGGGCCCAGGCGCCGUGCCGGGCAUGCCCAACUCGGGCCUCAACAACAUCAACAACCUCACCGGCUCCUCGCUUAACUCGGCCAUGUCCCCGGGCGCCUGCCCGUAUGGCACACCCGCCUCGCCCUACAGCGUCUACCGGGACACGUGCAACUCGAGCCUAGCCAGCCUGCGGCUCAAGUCCAAACAGCACUCGUCGUUCGGCUACGGCGGCCUGCAGGGCCCGGCCUCGGGCCUCAACGCCUGCCAGUACAACAGCUGACCGCCCAGCCCGGCCACGCGGGCCCCAGGGCGCGGGGGCGGAGGACGCACGCGGGGCCUCGCUCUUCGCGCCCGGGCCUCGCGCCUGCGCAGCCCCCACCUCCCUUCUCCCCUCCGGGUUGGUUUUGUGUUUGCUUUUCCGGACCCCACUCUGCCCUCCAAAA